ACAUUAAUUUAAUUCUUUGUUUAGAAAUUAGAACGCAUCUGAAGUAUCGUGAGAAGGACGCCACUGCCAAACAACCUGCCGUUGAAAAUUGAAAGCAGACCGGCUGUCUCCGUCUCCGAACAACCCCCACUUGCUCAAUCCUCUCAAAAUCUGAAACAAGCGAACAAGAAGAAGAAGAAGAAGUUUUUGUUUCUGUUUGUGGUGAAACGUAAACGACAACUGAUUUGAUUUUCAAUUUUGGAAGAUCGGUCUCUCUGUUUGUGUUUUUGUUUGUGGUGUCGGUGGAGAUGGAGGUGCCGAGCUCAUGGGACGCUCUCGCAAACAGGCAAGGAAACUUGAAGCUCAGUUGGAUGAGCAGAUGAAUUCUUAUCGUAAGUUUGUGUCUGCAAAGGGUUCUACAAAAGUUGGUACUGCCGAGAAUGAUCUUGAAUCUGGGAUAGAUCGACUAUUAAAGCAACUCCAACAAGUAAAUUCACAAAUGCAAGCAUGGGUAUCAUCAGGAGGAUCAGAAAUGGUUUCUCAUACCUUGACUAGACAUCAAGAAAUUUUCCAAGAUAUCACUCAGGAGUUCUAUCGUCUCCGAAACAGCCUUAGAGCUAAGCAAGAGCAUGCUUCACUCCUUGAGGAUUUUAGGGAGUUUGAUCGAACAAGAGUAGACUUGGAAGAUGGUGUUGGCUCUGCGGAAAACGCACUCCUGAAAGAGCAUGCUGCUGUUAGCCGAAGUACAGGACAGGUGGAUACUGUGAUCUCUCAAGCUCAAGCAACCCUUGGUGCACUUGUCAUUCAACGCUCCACUUUUGGUGGUAUUAAUUCAAAGCUCAGCAAUAUUGGCAGCCGCCUUCCAACGGUAAAUCAAAUGCUUUCUGCUAUUAAGCGUAAAAAGUCUAUGGAUACCAUCAUUCUUUCUCUCGUUGCAUCUGUAUGCACAUUUCUCAUAUUUAUCUACUGGUUGUCAAAGUGAGAAUCUAUGAGGAUCAGGCAUUUGUGUGGGGAGUACCAUCUGUAAGUGAGAAAGAGAAAGAGAUGCCAUUUUUUCUUUAAUUUUUCUCGAACGAACCUGUAUUACUGCAAGUGAUUUGUUUCAUAGGAGUACAAAAUACAAUGGAUGCAGGCAUUCCAAGCUAUUUCAUGUUCUUUCAUUGAGCUUGAGUGUCAAUUUUAAUUUCAAAUUUUCAGCGGGGUUACAGCACGCCACCAGCGUAAUGAUGUAAGCGACUUUGAUGUAUUAAUACAUAGUUUGUUUUAUGCA